AUGUAUGCGCGGAGCAACGCAUCAAGCAACGCGAGCGAGCGCCCGCAGGUCCGCUCCGCGCUGGGCUCCUUGAAGCGCACCUGGUCAGGCAACCAACAGGACCUCGGCUCGUCGGCCAACAGCACAGCUGGCAAGUCCACGUUGGGACCACCCUCCAGCCAAGAGGUAUUCUACGAAUGGUCUGACUCGCCGUCGCCACCGCUCAAGACGAAAGAGCUGAGGCUGCCCGCCACCGACUCGGACAAGGAAAACGGUGAAUCCGCACCGCCCGAGAAGAAGGCCAAAGCAGCCCCACUAUCGCUCGAGACGGCCAGAACCGCUCCACAGCAAACCGGCUUCGUUUCCGCCUCAAGUCUGCAGCGAAGCUCGAAUCACGGAAAUCGAAAUGCCGCAGCAGUGUCGAGCUCCGGCUACAGUCGUCCGAGUACGGGAUCUUCCAGCCGUCCGCAUGCACAGUCCUAUGCGCAGCCAUACGCUCGCCCGUCCGUCCAUCCGUCGUUGAGCUCCGAUCUUGCAAAGCAAUUCUCGUACGACCGAGGCCAGGCUCGCAACGGCCCCAGCAUGAGCGCAUCUGGGCCGAGCAGCGCCAGUGUGCCCUCGUCGGCCGCAGCAUCCUCGAGCGCAAAUGCACGCACGUCGUCGGCACCUGCGCUGUCGUGGAUGAAGACGGCUUCGCAGCUCAAGAGUGAAAAGCGCAACGACCCUACUGCAUACCAAGCCAGCUCGCUCAUCUCGUCCAGCGGCCAAGCGAACGCAGGCAGAGGAUCGCCUUCGCUGGACAACAAAAAGAACGUCAACAAGAUCUUUCUAUCUCAAGAGCAGCGCAAGGUGCUCCAGAUGGUGGUCGAGGAAGGCAAGAACGUCUUUUUCACUGGCUCAGCGGGUACGGGUAAGUCGGUGUUGCUGAGAGAGAUCAUUCGCGAGCUGCGUCGCAAGCACGCCAAGCGUCCCGAGUCAGUGGCCGUCACCGCAUCCACGGGUAUUGCUGCCUGCAACAUCGGCGGCGUGACGAUCCACAGCUUUGCUGGUAUCGGUUUGGGCAAGGAACCGGUAACACAGCUCAUGAGCAAGAUCCGAAAGCAGCGCAAGUCGACCGCGCGCUGGCAGCGCACGCAGGUGCUCAUCGUCGACGAGGUGUCGAUGGUCGAUCCGGCACUGCUCGACAAGCUGGAGGAGAUUGCGAGGCUGAUCCGAAAGAAGCCCGACAAGCCCUUUGGCGGGAUUCAGCUGGUCAUCACCGGCGACUUUUUCCAGCUGCCGCCGGUGAACCCGGGUUCCAGCGUCACCUUCGCCUUUGACGCGCGGUGCUGGAACCAGGUAGUUCAGCACAAAGUCAACUUGACGCAAGUCUUCCGUCAGAAGGACGAGUCGUUUGUCACGAUGCUCAACGAGAUGCGCUUCGGCAGGCUCUCGCAAAAGACGAUCGAUGCGUUCAGGAAGCUCGAGAGAGUACCCACGUACGCCGACGACAUCGUACCCACGGAACUGUUCCCGAUGCGAAACGAAGUAGACAGGGCCAACAUGGAACGGCUAAAUGCUCUGCAGACGGAGAGCCAGAGCUAUCGGGCGCAGGACGGGGGCACGCUGCAGGGCGAGGCUCGCGAACGGGUGUUGGCCAACUCGAUCGCGCUGUCGGUGUUGCACUUGAAGAAGGGCGCCCAGGUGAUGCUGAUCAAGAACCUCGACGAGACGCUCGUCAACGGCUCGGUGGGCAAGGUGAUUGAUUUUAUGGACGAUGCCGAGUAUGACAAGCAGACGGGCGCUCUGGAUAUGUCCGAAUUCCAGCAGAAGGAGGAUCGAGACCAGACGCCGCGCACGUCGACGCGCAAGUGGCCGCUGGUGCGCUUCCAUUUGAGCAACGGUCAGACGCGCGACUACCUGGCGCGGCCCGAAUCGUGGAAGACCGAACUGCCGGACGGCGAGGUGCAGGCGUCGAGGACGCAGGUGCCGCUCAUCCUGGCGUGGGCCAUGUCGAUCCACAAGUCGCAGGGGCAGACGCUGCCGUGCUGCAAGAUCAAUUUGGGUCGCGUAUUCGAAAAGGGACAGGCGUACGUCGCGCUGUCGCGAGCCACGUCCUUGGAGGGACUGCAGGUGCUCGGCUUCAGGCCGGACAAGGUGAUGGCGCAUCCGAGGGUGAUCCAGUGGAGUCAGUCGUUGAUUGCGCUGAGCGAUUGA